AUGAAACCAGAAGCACAUUUACCAACUCAUACGAGCUCAAAUAUUGCACUCGACAUGCCAAUGACACCCGAUAGCAGCAGCAGCCGACCUGGUCAUCUUUCUGUUAGUGAAUCAGAAUCUGGCAUUGAAGCUUCAAUGUCCUCCAUGGGCGAAGAAGACGAUGACGAUCACCAAAGGCGUUCACAAGCAAUGACCGACCAAGACCCACCUUUGUUACAACGAGCUAUGCGUAGUGCGAAACGAUCAGCCGCUCAAGCGCAUCACAAGCCUUUACACGGGGGAUUUGCACGAAGGAUGGGUGAUGGCAGUAGUAUGACAGCAUCACAGCAACCACAAACAUCGGAUCUAGACUCGCUUCCUAGAGAAGAACAAGAUAUGGUAAUGGCCGGGGUAGCCAAUGCUACAAUGGGUACAGAUCCAGUUGUCAUGUCAACGUCAAGCUCGUCAUCCAUUGAUUCUAUCCAAGGCAUUGAUGAACAACAGCAGCAACAAUCACAGCAUUAUCCCAUGCAACCACAGCCACGAAACAUUCCCACACCUUCCUCGGGAUACGAUGGUGAUUCGGAAGGUACAACUGCAGAUACCAAUCGUCCUCCACUAUCAAAUCGAUCCAUGGAACAUCAUCACCAUUUUCGUCAUCAUCAUCAUCAUCACCACCACCACCCCUCGACAGUGCCUGCAAAGCAUCAAAUGACCGAUUGA